ACCUCCACAAAGUUUUUUACUGCCCAGCUCGUUUGAUAAGUCCUAGAGACGAUACGAUACACUCGUCAGUCCAAAUAGGGAUUUCUGACGCCUCCCCUUCCCUACUUUUAUUUCGCAUUUUCAUGCAUCGAUGUUGUCAUUCUAAUUUCUAUAGACGAACAGUGCAAUACUAGACGGUACGCGAUAAGUUUUGAUACACCAGGUUGCUUCAACCGUGCAGUUGUCGUAUCAGUUUUUGCUCAUUUACUGUGAGACUCGACAUAGUUAUGAUACGAUUAAGAGCCAGUAUUCCAAAGGCAUUUGGUAACACAAGGUUUGACUCCAGGUCAGGCUUCAUCUCCGCAGUUUCUUUUGACGCGUGGAAGAAAUCACCGAGCAGACGAUGUCGAUCGACGUCAGCUUUCGGCGAAAAUGGAACCUCUUACAUAUCGAAUCCGGGCUCCUAUCCGUUGCUCGAGAAAACAGUGGGCCAGCUGCUCGACGUGGCAGCAGAGAGAUUUCCUAACAGAGAAAGCGUUGUAUCCGUCCAUCAAAACAUGCGGAUGACAUUUUCGGAGGCUCGAAAAAGGGCCGACAAAUUUGCCGCAGGGUUGAAAAAGCUGGGCUUGAAGAGGGGCGACAGAGUUGGAAUUUGGAGCCCCAAUUCCAUCGAGUGGAGCGUGGCUUUCUUGGCCAUUGCCAGGGCUGGAUUCAAGGUGGUCGGAAUGAACCCUGCGGAUCAGCUGAACGAGUUGAUAUACGGCAUCAACAAAGUCGGGACCAGGGCUGUCGUUGCAGCGGAUAGUUUCAAGACUCAGAAUUAUCCGGAAAUGCUACUCAGGGCGAAGAGUCAAUGUCCAAGUCUGGAACACAUCGUUAUAGUCGGUGAUAAGCACGUCAGUGGCACCAGGAGAUUCGUCGACGUCGAGUCCCUGGCCAGCAGCAUUGAAGUGGAAGCCAUCGGUGCUGAACAGGGUGAAAUCUCUCCCGGGAGCGGCAUGGUUAUUCAAUUCACUUCCGGUACCACUGGACGACCGAAAGCUCCCGAGGUGGCCCACAGAUCAUACGUAAACAAUUCCAGGCAGGCUGUUGAGAGGUUUAGGCUCAAUGACAGGCACCAUAAGAUCUGUCUGAACGUUCCGUAUUUCCAUGCGUUUGCUCUGAACAUGGGACAAGUGACGAGUCUACAUUGUGGAGCGACGGUCAUCCUUGCUGGACAAUCCUUCAACUCUAAGGAAUCGGUGAAUGCCAUUGCCAGAGAGAAAUGUACAGUGAUAUACGGAACUCCUACGAUGUGGGUGGAUUUAGUGAGCACGCAGCAAGAGCUGAAGGCUCCGAUUGGCGAGAUUUCGAUCGGUCUGACCGGCGGCUCUCCAGCAUCGCCGGACCUCUUCAGGAGAGCUAGAGAAACGUUCGGGUUUGACUUCAUGAAGUCGAUAUACGGAUUGUCCGAGACCACUUGCAUGAACUUCCAGACGCUGCUGAACACGCCCAGAGAAAUUGCCGAAACGACCGUUGGAUACUUAUCGGAUCAUACCGAAGUCCAGGUGGUCGACGAGAAUGGAGUUCCCGUUCCUUUCGGAACACCCGGAGAACUCUGGACUCGCGGCUAUCAUACGAUGAUCGGUUACUGGGGAGACGAGGAGAACACCAGGAAGACCAAGACCGAUGACGGCUGGCUGAAAACGGGGGAUCAGUUUGUUCUGCGGCCGGAUGGCUACGGUCGGAUCAUCGGCAGGCUCAAGGACAUGCUGAUCAGGGGCGGUGAAAACAUAUUUCCGAAGGAGAUUGAAGAGUUCCUCGAGACCCAUCCGGCAGUCUUGGAGGCCCAUGUCUUCGGAGUUCAUGACGACCGUCUUGGCGAGGAUGUCUGCGCCUGCGUUCGCGUGAAGCCGGGUGUUGUCGGCCUGACGCCUCAGGACAUCAAGGAAUACGGAAGGGGGAGAAUAGCGCACUUCAAGAUUCCGAGAUACGUCCAUUUGACCGAGGAAUUCCCGAAAACGACCAGCGGAAAAAUCAAGAAGCACGUCCUCAGAGAGACCCUGGAAGCAGAUGGCAUCGUGCCGAAAAAGCCAGAUGUCAGCUAAGGGCAAACUUGUCGGCACUUGAGGAUCUACUUGUUCUUUUACACACAAUUUCUGCUGAUUUUCCCGCUGCACAUAUUGUCGCAAGUUUCCAUUUCAUCGGUAUAAUUACCUACAUGGAACAUAAUAUACUUGUAAAGUUAAGAAUUUUUCUACACUGAGAAAAAUUUCAUUUGCUGUAGUAACUAGAAAAAUUCAGUAAAAGUAAGUAUGUAAAGUAAAAGAGGUAUGGUUAAAAAAACUGUUUGAAUAUUGUUGGAAUUACGAAAAACGAGGUACGCGUAAACAUUU